CAAACAUAAUAGAUGGGUUUUUGAUGAAUAGAUAGAUUUACGUGUUGCCUUACUAUUAAAUCAUUUAUUGACGCCGAGAUAAGGCUGUAGCAUAGUCUUUACAAAUUGACAAAUUAUACAUUAUACGCUAAUCAUAGUGUAUAUACGACGAAGUUUGUAGGCGAUUUCAGUAUAAGAAAACAAAAAUAACUAACAAAUUAUGGAGGACUACUUUUGGAUAACUGUUCCAAAGAAACUGAAAGAGUUCCGUCUACGAUUUAACGUAUUCGACCGUGAUGGUAAUGGUAUAAUCACUGUUAGCGAACUCCUGACACUUCUGAUAGAGAUGGGGCAAAAUGUCACCAAAGCUGACUUGGUUGAUAUGAUGAGGGCUGUUGAUUUAGGAAAUAGAGUUGAUAUCCACUUUGACGAAUUUCUGAUGAUGGUUGCUAAUAAAGAAGCAUGUGAGGAAAAUGUACAAGAAGUUAAAGAAGCAUUUAAGGUUUUUGACAAUGGCAAAGGUUAUAUCAGUGUAACAGACCUCCGGACGAUCAUGAGCAGCAUGGGUGAGCGUCUGUCAGACGAGGAAGUAGAUGAGAUGAUACAGGAGGCUUCUGUCAAAAAUGGCAAUAUCAAAAUAUCUGAUUUUAUAACAAUUCUUUGCCGGUGACGCAAUAUUAAUUACAGGAAUACCAAAGCGCCUUUUAGUAUCAUCUCUCAGUAACAAGAUAUGUAGAUUUAUGAAAGAAGUGAUCUUGCGACUUGAUUUUUAUUAUAAAAAUUCAUGUGUUAUGUAUAUUUAUUGUGGUGCGGUUUAAAGUUGAUAAAUCUUGAUCAAGUUACUACUAGUAUGCUAUAUGCAGACCGUAUCAUCAGCAUUAGAAGGUCAUUGGACUAAAUUUACAUUUGAAUAUUUUAUUCUGUACUUUGCCAUAGAAUUGUUUAUCUCAAUAAAAGGUAGCACUCGCCUAUUACGUGAUUUACGUUCACCACAAGCUAUAUAUAGAAUCCGACGACAA